AUGGGACGGUCAUUCCCCCGCCUACCCGCACCCAUACCACCCCCAUCCCCACCUCCCUCAACCUCGCCCUCACCGCGCCCCUCCCUGGGGCAGGAGGAGCGAGAGUACAGCCGGGCCCUGCUGGAGACGAAGACCAUCCUGGAGGAACAGCUGGAGGCUGCUCGCUCGCGCUGCGACCGGCUCCACGAGCUGGAGAAGGAGGGGCUACUCCUCCGAUCUGCCCUCAAUGACCUCGAGAUGGAACGGGAAGCAGAUCGGCAGAGGAUCGAGGAACUGAUGGAGGAAAACCUGAGCCUGGAGAUGGAGGUGAACAAAAGAAUGGAGGAUUCAGUUCAGCGGCGAUGGAGAGCAGACUCGAUAUCGGAGGAAUUUCCCCAUGCUGAAUUUCCACAGAGACCCCUCAGUGACGAGGUGAAUGAAGUGACAUCGGGCCAGCUGAUGAAGUUGGAACGGGAGAAUCAGGAGUUGAGGAGAAAAGCAGACGAACUCCAUAAAACCAGCAUUGAUGCAGACACCAGUCAGAGUGCGAAGCUGCUCAGCCUUGAGAGAGAAAACCAGCAGCUACAGAAAAUGUUCAGGGUCUGGGGCCGUAAAGAGGUGAUUCAGGCCGGGCAGGGUGACUAUGCCCUGGAGAUUGUUGGGAAACUCCUGGAAUUCUUUGCCAACAAGUUCAACAUCUCCUACCCAAUGACCAAGAUGGACCUGAUCGCCGUGCCCAGUUUCGAGAGCGGUGGAAUGGAGAACUGGGGCCUCAUCAUCUUCCGGGAGGCGAACCUGCUUUACAACGCAGAGGAGGAAUCGGAGAGCAGCCUGCAAGCCAUGACGUUGGUGCUGGCCCACGAGUUCACCCACCAG